AGCUGACUGAUAUAAAUUGUAAAUGUAAUGUUUCGCCAUAUUUGAUAUUGGAAGCCAUUUUUUAAAUUAGUUGUUAUAUAUUUACGCGUCAGAAAAUUUAAUUGUUUUAAUUUAGUAAACCUAUUCCAAACAGUGUUAUUUCUUUAUUUACUGGUAUUUCUGUUAAUCGUUGUUAAUUACCAUGAGUAAUCCGGCACCAACACCGCUCUUUGCUUGUUCACGCUGUUUCUCAAGACACCCUUUCGAGGAAUUAUCAACUGGAGAACAACUUUGUAAGGAAUGUCGCGGAUCAUUCCCUGUCGUCAAGUGCACGUAUUGCCGUUCUGAAUUUCAACAAACAAGCAAAUCUAACACCUCUUCAAUCUGUAAGAAAUGUGAAGCUAAUGUAAAAGCUUAUGGGAAGCCAACGGCUUGUGAGUACUGCAACAUAAUUGCAGCAUUCAUUGGUAACAAAUGCCAGCGUUGUGCUAACUCUGAGCGUAAGUAUGGGCCUGCAGUUACAUGUGAGCAGUGCAAGCAGCGCUGUGCUUUUGACCGCCAUGAUGACAGUAAGAAGCAGGUUGAUGGCAAGCUCCUGUGCUGGCUGUGCACCCAGUCCCUCAAGAGGGCACUGGCUAGAACCAAACAACACAUGUCUUCAGUCGACAAACAUAAGCACAGGGCUCACAAGUCCAGAAGUCACAAGGAGAAACGCAAGUCCGACAUGAUGAAAUCUAUAAACUCGAAUGAUUCCUCUAUGAAUGACUCACAGCCAAUGGAGAAGAAACUUAAAAUGAACCCUUUGCAAGCAUCCUUCUACUUUGUAGGUGAAUUGGAUCCGAACAGCUCUGACCAUGUUGUAGCUAUGACUCAGCUUAAGGAGACUAUCGCGAGCUUGCAGAAGAAAGUGCAACAGAAAGAUAAUGAAUUACUUUCCAAAGAUAAAUUGAUCACGGAGCUUAAAGCCCAGCAUCUGAACAAUACACAGGACCUACGAAAUGAAAUGAAAAAUAAAGAGCGGCUCAAUGAGACAAAGUUCAAUCUAAUGAAUACAAAAAUACAGAAUCUUUUGAAGGAAGUCGCCACGCUCAGCAAGUCUGCCAAGAAGAACAAUAAGAAUACUAAAAUGGUCUUAGCUAACACAGAGAAUAGCGGCAGUGGUACCGACAGCCCGAGCACCAACUAGAAUAAUUACAAACACGAAUCAUUCAUUUCUAGUAAUAUUAACACAACAAAACAAUGGGAAAACUUUCCUCUUAUUUUUUUACUCUACAAAUGGUUUUAUUUGUAGAUUUUUUAUAUUAUAAGCGUAAGUAGAUUUCAAUUCGAUGACAUCCUACUUUUUAAUUUAUUGAAUGUUACGAAACAACCAUUUUACCCUAAAGUACAUUCGUGUUAAUUUAUCCUGUAGUUGACUAAUGUUACGUUUUAAAACUGAUGCGGGUCUCAAAGGUAUUAAAGUCUGUGAAUAAUCUGUGAGUUAUCAAAGAAGUGACGACAGUGUAAUGACAGAUUAUUUUUUGUAUAUUUUUCAUUCUUAACUUUCUGCAUUCUAGCUCACUUCCUCAUUAGGCGCCAAUCGUAACAUUUUGUUUGUAGCCACAAUGAAUACAUUAGCACAACCUAAUUUUAGGUGUAACUGUAUAGAUUUCUAAAGGUUUACAAAAUGUAUCAUAUCGCAUUUUUUUUUAUUUUUGUACUAUCACAAUCUUGUGUUAUUUAUUUUCAUCAAGUUGUACAGUUUUGUAACAGAUGUGUGUAUACCUAAUAGGUAGAUCAGUUUGUAUUCACGAAUACAUCAAAUAAAUGUUGGUAUACAUUUUAUGUAUGUGAAAGUUUAAUAGUGUGUAAAGUAUGAUAAUACAGAACUGUUUGUGUCUCUUGUAUGUUAUUUUAGCGACGAAUGACAGUCCGACAUUGGGAUUGAGGUUGAUAUAAUUCUGAAUUAAAGUAUUAAUUUUACAUUAUUUAGGUAUCUUAGCGACAAUCGAGGAAUUUGACAAAUUGUAUUGAAUUGUAACAUCCACCUCUUUCUUCAUAAAGUGCGUACUAAUUGCCUAAUGUAUUCAAUGUGUAUUGAACAAUUCGUGUGAAAUCUGUCUCACCAACAUUUGACAAUGUGUACGUAUCUUAUUGUGAUCAAUAGUCGGACUGACUAUAAUCUAUCAUAUCAGUGUUAACAAUAAUUUUGAUUUGUGUAUGCUGUUUGAUUAGAAUUCUCUGAAUGUGUGUGAAAUUGUAAUAGAAGUAAAUAGAAUUAAAUAAUAUUGAAUGCGAUACAGGUAUGUACAGAAUAUUGAUCAAGAUCAUUGCAGUGUAUUUAAAUCAUUUAGAAUUAACAAAUAGCAGGUUCGAAUCAGUGCUAUUUGGGUGCUUGUGAACUGCAAACAAAAAAAAAUGAUAUACAAUUUUGUGGCAGAAUAGCUGUUGGCAGAAUAAAAAAAUGCAGGACAUAUGCACCAAUGUUAUUAUAAGGUAGUUAAGUAGAACAAUUUUUUUUCCGUCGCUAUUAUGAGCGAAAGCUUUUUACUUAAUAUGAGAUACAGGGACCGAACCCUGUAUGUAACGUUUUUAAUUUUAUAGCAAACAAUUAUUGUGAAUUGUUUUUCUGGCCAAUUUGAGGCAAUGAAACCAACAGAAAAAAAAUAAUUACAAUAGGUAGGAUUUCUUUCGAAUGUUAUAAGUGUACCUUUUUCUUUUGCGUUCAAUGCAAUGUGAUCUAUAUUUCAAUGUGACCCACGGGCGAUAAAUACUGUUAAGUUAAUUUAAUUGUAUUGUCACGAUAGCUCAGAAACUCUUAUAAGUAAACUAAAUCUAAAUUACAUACACGGCUAUCUUUGUUGAUAUGUUGCGCGAGAAAAGGACGGCUAUAGUUAGUCGUUAUGUGUUGCCAUACUUUCAGACCCGAAAUCGUUUUCGUUUCCAACAUUACUUUUUAAAAAUGCCUUCAUUACAAAAUUGAGCAUGUAUUAGAACAUAUUAUAAAGGCGAAUAGAAAUAAAUGUGUUAUCAUUAUUUUAUGUGAAGUCUGUAUGAAUACUGAUAAAAUCGCAUCAAUAUCCGAUACCUUUAUAUAAUAGUCUUCCUCAUAUUAUGUCUAUUAUUUCGCUAUGUAUAAAUUAUUUGAAACAAAAGCUUAAAAUUUUCUUUAUAAAACUCCUCGGUAAAUUAAACAUUAAAAUGUUAUAACGAUUAAUUAUUGACGAACAUAGAUAGGGGGCGCGUCUUAGUUCCGUAAAACAUGAUUAAAACGGAACACUUAUUUAUUUGUUGCAGAUUGAAUCAUCACGUGAUAAAUUACCGUUUAUAAGUUAAAAUGUUCAUAAUUGUAUAUUGUCACGUGAAACUUAGAGUUAAGAAUAGAUGUAACACAAAAUCAUUCGCAAAAAUAUUCGUGUUGCAACAAUGAAGAAAUUUCUUGACGCUGUGGAACAAAUAUUCCAAUUAUGACCUGAGAAAAAUAAGUAUACUUGUUAGUGGAAAAUAAAUGAAAUAAAAUGUAAAAUCAA